AUGUCGAAAUUAGGACCCGGUCCAGGAUUCCUGAAGUUCGACACAAACACCUUUGGUGCACACACCGCAGAUAUGCCACCAAGACUUUACAUUACCGCGGACGACGACGAGUUGGAUUCGACUCUUCUUCAGCAUUUUGACGAAGAGGGCUUCCACACUACAUACCUUCCACUCGGGAAGGAUGGCAAAGCCUACCGCGACGGCCUCCGCCACCUCGCCGACGACUUAGAGCUAGGAGAGAACUAUGCCUUAAUCGCUUUUGGCGAAGCAGCAACCCACUGUCUCGAAGCCCACACGAAACCUCAACCCCAUCUUGUAGCAUUAGUAGCCUACUACCCAACCAGCAUCACCUCCCCCAACGCCAAAUUCCCUCCCCAUCUCGAAGUCCUCACCCAUCUAGCCGGCACACAAAACUUCGCCCCUUCCCACCCAUCCUACACGUACCCCUCCGCAUCCCCCGGCUUCGCAGAACGAGACCUCGAAGAAACCUACGACAAAGUCUCCGCGAAUCUAGCCUGGACCCGCACCCUCCGUGUCCUUCGCAAAGCCUUCAAAAUCGAAGUCGACCUGGAGAAAAUCUGGGAAGAUCAUGUGGCGCUCGAAUUCGCCACCAAGGAUGCCGCGGCCACGAUGCGGACGAUGGUGCCGCAACCCUAUGUGAACCACAUCCCUACCCUGACAGGAGGCAUCGGCGCCAAAGACCUCUUCAUCUUCUACCGCGAUUACUUCAUCCCGCAGAACCCGCCAUCGUUGACGAUGAAGUUGGUGAGUAGGACGAUAGGCACGGAUCGCGUGGUGGAUGAGUUCAUCAUCAGUUUCAAGCAUACGACCACGAUCCCCUGGAUGCUUCCGGAUGUGCCGCCGACGGAUAAGACGGUGCAUGUGGCUAUGGUGAGCGUGGUCUGUAUUCGAGGCGGGAAGUUGUAUCAUGAGCAUCUUUACUGGGAUCAGGCGAGUGUGCUUGUGCAGGUUGGGUUGCUGGACCCGAAGUUGGUGCCCGAGAGUAUGCAGAAGCAGGGGUUGAAGCAGCUGCCGGUUUACGGAAAGGAGACGGCUGAGAAAGUACUGGAUGAGAGCUGUUGGGAGAGCAAUGAGCUUAUCAGUAGUUGGAAUGAUCGACCUCGAGGAGAUCCGGGUGCGAAAGUUCCUCCAAAGCCGAAGGAGGCGGCAUCGACGAAUGGGGCGGGGACGAAUGGGGUGGGUGAUCAUGAGUGA